AAAGAAAGCCAGGAACUUUACUCCGAGCUCAAUGAUUUGAUUGAGGCAAAGAAAAAGUUGGAUACAGAGCUGUUAACUCUCCGCGAAGACAGUCAUCUCCUUCAGUUGAUGGUGGAAGAUAAAUACCAAAGUCUUACGAGGGAAACAAACCAGAAUCCUGACGUGUGAACAAUGACGAGUGGAAAGGCAUCAUCACAAAAGCAAAUUAACGAAGAGAGGCUGAAAAUAACAGUGAUAAUGCUUGGGAAAAAAAAUAGAGGAGGAGUGAACGGAGCUGAAGUUUUGAUAAUAAUUAGUGAAGGGGAAAUGAUACGCAAAACGACAAGGAAUUUUGUACACGCGCAUUUUGAUUCUUGGCGGCUCCAUUCCUUUGGGGAUCCUGUCGGUUUAGACAUGGGUACAAAAUACGCUUGUAAUUGAUCAAAAAGCUUAUUUUUGGAACUAUAUACUUAUACACAAACUAUAUUAUCUUGUUUCAGCCCGUAUACAAACCAAACAAAUUUUUCAACACUGAAGUUUCAGUUUAAUUCAGUAUUUUGGGGAUCCUGUCGGUUUAGACAUGGAUACAAAAUUCUCUUGUAAAUGAUCAAGAAGUAUAUUUUUGAAAUAUAUACUUAUACACAAACUAUA